AUGCCUCCCAAGAUUGACCCCAAUGAGGUGAAGAUCAUCCACCUCCGUGCCACCGGUGGUGAGGUCGGGUCCUCCGCAACACUCGCUCCCAAGAUCGGUCCCCUGGGUCUGUCGCCCAAGAAGGUCGGUGAAGAUAUCGCAAAGGCCACCGGCGACUGGAAAGGUCUGCGCGUGACGAUCAAGCUCACCAUCCAAAACCGACAAGCUGCCGUCUCGGUCGUGCCAUCCGCCUCGUCCCUUGUCAUCCGCGCUCUCAAGGAGCCACCGCGGGACCGCAAGAAGGAGAAGAACAUCAAGCACAACAAGUCGAUCUCUCUUGAUGAGAUCAUCGAGAUUGCCCGGACCAUGCGUGCCGCCAACAAGUCGUUGGCCCGCGAGUUGAAGGGUACCGUGUUGGAGAUCCUUGGUACUGCUUUCAGCGUUGGAUGCCAGGUUGAUGGACGGUCGCCCAAGGAGAUCAGCGACGACAUCAAGGAAGGCAACAUCGAGGGUGAGUGA